GCUGGAUUAUUAGUUUAGUUGGUUCGCCUCCCACAUAUUGAUGUCCUUUGGCAAUUGGGCAUACCCUUUACAUUUGCAUAAUUCAGUUCCAGCAGUGCAUCCGCGUCACUCUCGCUCCCCAUUUUCUCACUGUUAGGGUUUCAGGAGGCGCCGCUUUUGCUGUGCUCGAUCUGAAAGCGUGCUGUCCACUUGCGCUCUCGCCGGCAGUCAUCUCGGCUUCAGUUGGACUAUAGAGACUGUGCGUGUGGUCGGGGGAACAGAUUUGAUUUUACUCGAGUUGAAGUGUCGAAUGCGCCCGCCAAGUCGCCGACUACCUUCGCAGCUUCUCCAUCGCCCGGUUGCCUGCUCUCCGCCACUCAGUCACUCACCCUUCAGCAGUUCGCCCAUUCGGUCCUUACACUCUUCACCUUCCGUAGUUCCGAGCAGGAUAGAGCUUGGAGCUUGAUAUGGCUAUUAGAUCCAAGGAUGCGAUGAAGAUGCUAGUCAAGAAGUUAGGUGGUGAGAAGAGCUUGGGGGCUGGAACCAAACAACAGCUGGAGAAAUUGCCACCCAAGAGUAAUGUUAUUAUGGGCCGUGCCCACCGUGGCCUGUACGCUGGGCGCCAUAUUCGCUUUGGCAACCAAGUCAGCGAAGACGGCGGAAACAAGACACGGAGGAAUUGGAAGCCCAAUGUGCAAGGCAAACGUCUGUUCAGUUACAUCCUGGACCGCUUCAUUAAAGUCAAGGUCUCCACUCAUGCUCUUAGAUGCAUCGACAGAGCUGGCGGAUUCGACGAGUACCUCCUGAAGACACCGUAUGAGAAGAUGGAUUCAGAAUUUGGGGUGUAUUGGAAAGCUAAAAUUCAAAAUAUGUAUGAAGAGCUGGGAGAGAAGGAAGUGUUCUUGUCACUGGAGGAUGAAGGGAAGAUCAAAGAGAAAUUCAAGGGAUUGAAAUUAGUUGAGAAGGCCCAUUGUAGACAAGCGAGGGUUAAAAUGUAUGAUUGGAUACUCAGAUCAGAAAAGAUAGAAGACGAGGAGGCACAUGAAGGGACUGAUGAAGAAGCCGGUAAUAGUGUAGAGGAAGCUUUAGUUUCUCAACCAGAAUUUAGUACACAGAUGGUUGCCAAUGCUUGAUGUUGUUCUAAGUGUUUUAUUUUCCUGUCAAAACAUCUUUUAUGAUAUGGUUGUUACUCAUGCGUGUGUUCAGGAGACUUCUGUAUGCUA